AUAGCAACAAUAAUCUAUCUAGUCUACAAAAAUGCCGAAAAGUCGUUCCAGAAUCAAGCGUGACGUGAAGUAUGAUGACAAGCAUGAGCAUGAAAUAAGCACCUUAUCACAGCGAAGGCUUGUUGCCGAUGCAUAUUGGAGGACUCAAAAUACUGGAGACACAGUGAAUUUGUGGAGAUGGUACAUCAAAGAUAAUGGGCCCUUUACAAUUGAGAACUUUAAGAAAGUUGCCUCUAAAGACCUUGACCUUGACUGUGUGGAUGAAGAUGGCCAGCUAUUAUAUCCCUCAAUAUCGAGAAUACAGCCAGAACCACUCUUUGAUAUUAUUUGCAAUAGUAGCAAUCCUGCUUGGGUUCCCAGACAACCAACAAAUAAACACCAGUCAAAGAUAGAUAUUCUUAAGCUAAAGUUCAGUGAAGCUUUUGUCCCUAGUACUGAGAGGUUGUCAAAGCCAAAGACAGCCAAACGAAAAUACCAGCCUAAAAAGCACCCAUCCAGGUCCAGAGUCCCAUUAGAGAUAUUGCCAGAAGAGCCUGUAGAGAAAAUCCGGCACAUAGUAAGAAGAAACAGAGGUCCAAAUAGGCGCUAUAUGGACAGUGUGUCAAAGAAACAAUGA